GGUGGUGAUCUUGAGUGUGUGUGUCACUUGGUUUCUCCUGAAAUUUUGGAGGGUUCAAGAUGAGGUUUCCAUAGAUGGGAGGCGAUUAUCAUGUCAUGCAUAGUUUGUUGCAUUCCAAUCUUCUACCUCGCUACACCGCUUUCCAUUGCCAAUAUGUUUGAUCGCCGUGUGCUACCAAGUCAUAGAUUCGAGACACAAAGGUACAAAGCCACGUCGUGGUGUGAUCUUCUUGGCGUGGUACCUAUAUCCACACCCAUAACACGCCCAACCCCAUACUAUAGCAUAAUCACCAUAGCAACCACGUACCUCCAAGUUAUCACGACAUCACCGCUUGAAUCCGAAUAUGUCGCACCCGAUAAAUCUACUCGCCAUAGCUGGCGCAACUGAACUAUGUCCCUUCCUCGCACGCGCACAUGACAUGCCAUCGUGACCUGUGUGUCAAUCACACGCUCGUGGCAAGUGCGCGUGGAGUGAGACAGACCUCCGCGUCGAAAAGAGGUGUUGGGCGCGAAAAGUAUUCUGUCCAGAAUGGAAGCGAUAUAUUGACGUCGUCCCUCAUU